AUGAAUAAUGACAAAGAAAAAUUCAUCUCAUUUACAGAAAGAGAUGGAUUUGAUAAAGAUCAAAAACUUAAAAGCAAAUUAUAUCCACACUCUAGGAAAGGAUAUUCAUUACUUGAAUUAUGUUGCUAUCAUGGAGCAGUUGAUUGUUUCAAGUUAUUAAGAACGAAAUUUGACUCAAAAAUAACUAAAAAAUGUCUAGAAUUUUCAUUUUUAGGCAGAAAUCAAGAGAUCAUGAGUGAAUGUUUGAAAUAUCAAAAACCAAAUCAAGAAUGUAUGGAAUAUGCAAUUAUUUCACACAACAUUGAUUUUGUUACAUUCUUGAUUAAUGAACACAAUAUUAUGAUCCAUUUAAAUGAAUGCGGAAUUUACAAUAAUCUUGAAUCAUUUUUAGUUAAUUUCGAUCAAACUAAUGAUAUAGACAAAUGUUUUGUUUUUUCGGCGAUGUUUAAUAAUCCAUCUCUUUGUGAAUACUUCCUUUCCCUUGGUGCGAAUAUCAAUGAAAAAAAUAAAUACAGACAAACUGCUCUUCAUUAUGCAGUACAAAAUAAUAGUAAAGAAACAAUUGAACUUCUUAUUUCACAUGGUGCAAAUAUCAAUAAAAAAAAGCAAGAUAGACAAACUGCUCUUCAUAUAGCAGCAGAAAAUAAUAGCAGAGAAAUAGCCGAACUUCUUAUUUCACAUGGUGCAAAAAUCAAUGAAAAAGAUAAAUCCGGAAAAAACUCUCUUUAUCGUGCAGUACAAAAUAAUAAUAAAGAAACAGCCGAAGUUCUUAUUUCACAUGGUGCAAAAAUCAAUGAAAAAAAUAAAUAUGCAUGCUCAGUUCUUAGUUGUGCAAAAUGGAAUAAAAACAAAGAAAUAAUCCAACUUCUUGUUUCGCAUGGUGCUAUUGAAUAA